AUGGCGGUCAAGGUCUUCCACGCCAGCCUCGACCAGAAGACCGAGGAGGCGCAGUUCAUGGCAGAGGUGGGCACCAUCGGUCGGACGCACCACGUCAACCUCGUCCGACUCUUCGGCUUCGGCUUCGACGAUGCCCUGCGCACGCUCAUGUACGAGUACAUGGAGCAUGGCGCGCUCGAUGCCUUCCUCCUGGGCCGGGGUGGUGAGAACCGGUGGUUCCCCAUGCUGGCGUGGAACAAGUACGACAGAGGUGAGCUCGCGGAGCUCAUCGUCGCGCCACCGAGACGUGGCACCACUCGUAGCGCGGCUGCUGCCGCGGCGGUGGCGGUGGGUGACGAGCUGGAGCGGCAGCAGUGCAAGGAGAUGGUGGAGAGGAUGUGCAAGGUGGCUUUCUGGUGCGUGCAGCAGCUGCCGGAGGCGAGGCCGCCGAUGAGUGCGGUGACGAAGAUGCUGGAGGGCGAGAUGGAUGUAGCCCCGCCGACGAACCCGUUCCCGCAUCUGAUGGCACCGCCGGUCGUGGCGAACCUGUGGACGACGACGAUGACGAGUGGUGGCACUGGGAACAAUGGGAUCCUCUCGCCUUGA